ACCAAUCUUUCCACCGACACGGCACAAAAAGCAAUCAUUCUCUUUCCUCCUCCUCCGCCCUUUUCUCGUCGAUCCUCCGCCGGCAUAUGUCUCAGAGGCCCGCCGUCCCCCACUCCUCCUCCGUCGCCUUCGGCCUCCACUCUCACCUCCUCGUCUCCAGUGACAUGAACCCCAACUGCAACUGGUAGGGAAAGAAAGAGACAGCCGGAGAAGAUUUUCUUUCCGAUCGCGCAUUGAUUCCGACGAGACGCGGCAGCGAGAUAUAGCUCGAGAUCCGGGCGAUCGUCUGCUUUGGCCCGGAAGUUUGUAGAUGGGUGUCAAGGGAUUCGUCGAGGGAGGCAUAGCCUCGAUCGUCGCCGGUUGCUCCACCCACCCUCUCGACCUUAUCAAGGUCCGCAUGCAGCUUCAGGGUGAGGGGCACGCUCCUCCCAACCUCUCCGUGCGCCCCGCCCUCGCGUUCCAGGUGCCGGCGGCGGCGGGUCAGGCUGCCGGCGCGGUUCCAGUGCCUCCGCCGCGAGUCGGCCCGGUCGCCGUGGGCGUGCAGAUCCUCCGGCGGGAGGGCGUGGCCGCGCUGUUCUCCGGCGUGUCCGCCACCGUCCUCCGCCAGACCCUCUACUCCACCACCCGGAUGGGACUCUACGACAUCCUCAAGCAGAAGUGGACCGACCCGGCCACCGGGAAGAUCCCGCUGACCCAGAAGAUCGUGGCUGGGCUUAUUGCUGGCGGCAUCGGUGCCGCAGUCGGGAACCCGGCGGACGUGGCCAUGGUGCGGAUGCAGGCGGACGGGCGGCUCCCGCUGGAGCAGCGACGGAACUACCGUAGCGUGGUGGACGCGAUCCAACAGAUGGCGCGGCAGGAAGGGGUGGCGAGCCUGUGGCGGGGGUCGUCGAUGACCGUGAACCGGGCGAUGCUGGUGACGGCGUCGCAGCUGGCGUCAUAUGACCAGAUCAAGGAGACGAUCCUGGCGAAGGGCGUGAUGAAGGACGGGCUGGGGACGCACGUGACAGCGAGCUUCGCGGCGGGGUUCGUGGCGGCGGUGGCGUCGAACCCGGUGGACGUGAUCAAGACGAGGGUGAUGAACAUGAAGGUGGAGGAGGGGCGGGAGCCGCCGUACAAGGGGGCGUUGGACUGCGCGCUGAAGACGGUGAGGGCGGAGGGGCCGAUGGCGCUGUACAAGGGGUUCAUACCGACGAUAUCCCGGCAGGGGCCGUUCACGGUGGUGCUCUUCGUCACGCUCGAGCAGGUCCGGAAGCUGCUCAAGGACUUCUAACGACAUUGACGAUGAUGAUGAUGGCGAUAAUUCUAGGAUUUCCUCAAUUUAGGAAAUAAAUUAAAGAAUGAAAUAAGAUAAUAUAAGAUGAAAUUCAAUAGAAU